UGGCGCUCCCACGUCGCCAUUCGUCGUCCUGGAAACAUCUCAUCCAAUUUGUUCCACCAACCGCGUCGCCAUCGGUCCGCCGUGACGGGCCAGUGCUGUCUGCCGUGCCACGACCGCCACCUACUCCGACCCACACAAACGUCCCCAGGUUUUAAAGCGCGAGCGAGCCCUCUCCGUCCUUCCCUCCCACCGCCGGCCGCCGCGACAGCGCGGGCUCCCCUCCCGGCCGGCCGCAUGGAGCCGCCGGCGCCUCCGCCCCCGCCCCCGCCGCAGCUGCACCUGCGCGUCCUGGACACCGUCAGGCUCUCCCCGGCGCGGCGGCCUCCGGCGUCGUCCCUGCCGCUCUCCGGCCUCGACGCCGACCGCAACGUGCUCGACGUCUCCUUCCGCACCGUCCGCUUCUUCCCUGCCCACCCGGUCUCCCUCGACCCGCUCGACGCCCUCCAGGCCGCGUUCGCCCACGCGCUCGGCCUCUUCCCGCAGCUCGCCGGCUCCGUCGUCCGGGAAGACGGCAGCGUCGUGUUCUCCGGGGCCGGCGAGGACGCCGUGGCCCUCGUCCUCGCGGCGACGGAGCUGACGGUGGCCGACGUCGACGCGGACAAGCCGGACUCGCCGCUGCUCGGCCGCCUCGCGCCCGGCGACAGCGACGGCGGGCCGGCAGCGCUUGCGCUCCAGGUCACUCGGUUCACGUGCGGCGGCGUCGCGCUGGGGAUGCGGGUGGCGCACGCGCUCUGCGACGGCGCGGGGUCCACCAAGUUCCUCGUCGCCGCCGCGCGGUUCGCGCGGGGUCUGGAGCCGGAGGCCGCGGCGGAGCCGGUGUGGGACAGGCGGGAGCUCCUGGGCCCCAGGAACCCGCCGCGGGUGGUGACGCCGUUCGACGCCGUGCUCGCGACCGACGACGACAUCCCGCGGCUUGGCCCGUACGGCGCGGCGAGCGACGGAGAAGGGCACGAGCGGCUGGCGAGGGAGUGCUUCCACGUCAGCGACGCGCGCGUGGAGGCGCUGAGGGCGCGGCUCGCCGCCGACGCCGGCGUCAAGUUCACGACCUUCGAGGUUCUCGCCGCCUUCAUCUGGCGCGCCAAGGUGAAGGCCAACCAAACUGCCCCCGACGAGACGGUGAAGAUGGUGUACUCCAUGAACAUCAGCGGUCUCCUCGACCCGCCGCUGCCGGAGGGGUACUGGGGCAACGUGUGCGUGCCGGUGUACGUGGCGCUGGCCGCGAGCGACCUCGCCGGGCGGCCGCUGGCGGAGACGGCGUCACUGGUCAGGAAGAGCAAGCGGGAGGUGGACGAGGAGUACGUGCGGUCCUACGUCGACCUCCAGGAGCUGCGGCGCGGGGAGGGCGGCAUCACGGCGGGGCGGCGCGGCGUGAGCGCGUUCACGGACUGGCGGAGGCUGGGGCACUCGGAGGUGGACUUCGGGUGGGGCGGGCCCGACGCCGUGCUCCCGCUAUCGUGGCGGCUGCUCGGGAGCACGCAGCCGUGCUUCCUGCUGCCGUACGGCGCCGGGGACGAGAGGCGGCGGCGAGGGUUCAAGGUGUUCGUCGCGCUGCCGGAGGAGGCGGUGGCCCGGUUCAGAGAGGAGAUGGACGAGAUACUGUGGCAGGAUAGCCACACUGGCUGCACUUCAGUAGGAAAGCUAUAAAUUUGGGGAUCGCUAGAAAUUCGGAGGUAUGCAGAAACCGGCGAUGGCAGAGAAUGUCAAGAAGGGAGCCCAGCUGCUGAAGAAGAGCGCAGCUCAAAUGUUGCGGCUAUGUGAGCCGCCGAGGGGAGAAGCAAACGAGCAGGCUGAGGAUGAAGAAGUGUGGGAUGAAUGGUGAUGCUGAUUUGCGGUGAUGGUGGCUUGUUGUCCAUGGUGGUGCUCGAGGUUUUAUGUUCUGUUGGGCGUAAAAAAUUUCAGUUUGGUCUUUGUGCGUUUUUGGUGAGCCUGGUCUGGUGAUAGCUAUUGUGGGGUAUCUGGUUGUGGUACUGAUACUUGUGCUCCUUGUGGUGUAGUUUAGGGUGAUAUCAGGUUUUCGUCCCGCAGUUCAUGUUCCUGAUGACAAACGUGAAUGGCGGGUUUCCUGAUAUUGCUCUGAACUCGUUUUUUUCCCUUUCCCUCUCUUUUC